GAGAAUAGAGUACAGUCCAUCCUUCAAAAUUCAAAAUCAAAUCCAGAAGCGGCGAUGUGUAAUUUCUGAAGGAUAAAAGCCCAAAAUCUUAUUUCAAGGCGGCGAUGCGUAAAUCUCUGUUACUUCGCAUAUAUACUCCGAUUUCAAAGCGGUGAGUUUUAGUUAUAUAUAGUAUUUCCUUAGUACCAACAAUUUAAACUUUCACACAGUGGAAUUAGGGUUUCGCUUAUCAAAAAUCCCUAAAUCCUCAAAUCUCUCCCUCUAUCUUUUUUCCUUCAUUGAAUCUCUGCUAUAUCUGUAUCUUCAACAAUGGCCCCCGCCGCUAAAGACGACGGGUUGAAGAAGCUCGAAUACCUGUCACUCGUCUCCAAGGUUUGCUCUGAACUCGAAACGCAUUUAGGGUUUGGAGACAAAGUUCUCGCCGAGUUCAUCACCGAUUUGGGCAGAAACUGCGAGACCGUCGACGAAUUCGACUCGAAGCUGAAAGAGAAUGGUGCUGAGAUGCCCGAUUACUUUGUCCGUACGCUUUUGACGAUUAUCCACGCCAUUCUUCCUCCGAAGCCGAAGGAAUCGAAGAAGGAAAGCGUUGUGGACGGUGAGAAACCUAAGUAUGGUGCCCUAGCGAUUGCGGAUACUAGGGAAAGAGCUAAGGAGCUCGAUAGGGAAAUCGAACUGGAGGCCCGAGAGCGGCGUAGAGAGAGGGAAGAAGAAGAAGAAGCAGAAGAUAGGCAUAGAGGUAGAGACAGGGACAGAGAUAGAGAUAGAGGUAGAGGUAGAGGUAGAGAUAGGGACAGAGAUAGAGAUAGAGAUCGAAACAGAGAUGGAGAAAGAGAUCGAGACAGAAGAGAUAGGCGUGGUUACGACAGAGACGAGAGGCGUAGAGAAAGGGAUGUUGAAGAUGAUGAGUAUGAUGAUAGAAGAGACUACAGGAGUAAAGGAAGGCAUGGCGAUCGCCAUGAGAAGCAUUGGAGGGACGAUGAGAAUGAAGAUAAUAGUGGUAAUGUUGAUUAUAGGAGAGGCAAUAAGGAUCGGCGGUACCACUCAGAUGAGCCGGAAGUUUAUAAGGUUUACAAGGGAAAGGUUUCGAGAGUGAUGGACUCUGGCUGCUUCGUGCAAUUGAGUGAUUUUAAGGGGAAAGAGGGUAUAGUCCAUGUUUCGCAGAUUGCAACUCGGAGGAUUACUAAUGCCAAGGAUGUUGUGAAGCGGGAUCAGGAGGUUUAUGUGAAGGUGAUCUCUGUUUCGAAUCAGAAGAUGAGUCUUUCAAUGAGGGAUGUCGAUCAGCAUACUGGUAAGGAUCUUCUUCCGCUGCCGAAGGGUCCGGAGGAUGAUUUGAAUAGGGCAAACCCAACUGGGACGAGGGAGGGGCCUACUAUGAGGACGGGCCUUUCGGGGAUUAGGAUAGUGGAGGAGGAUGAUGUUGUUCCUUCCCGGAGACCGUUGAAGAGGAUGAGUUCGCCAGAGAAGUGGGAAGCGAAGCAGUUGAUUGCUUCAGGUGUUUUGACACUUGCAGACUAUCCCACUUAUGAUGAGGAAGGAGAUGGAUUAUUAUAUCAAGAAGAGGGUGCUGAGGAGGAGCUUGAGAUUGAGAUGAAUGAGGAUGAACCAGCGUUUCUACACGGGCAGAGCAGGUAUUCAAUGGAUAUGUCACCUGUGAAAAUUUUUAAGAAUCCAGAAGGGUCUUUGAGUCGUGCAGCGGCACUUCAGUCUGCGCUUAUAAAGGAGCGCAGAGAAGUAAGAGAACAGCAGCAGAGAACUAUGCUGGACUCUAUUCCUAAGGAUUUGAAUCGUCCUUGGGAAGACCCUAUGCCUGAGACGGGUGAGAGGCAUCUAGCACAGGAGCUUAGAGGUGUUGGUUUAUCAGCAUAUGAUAUGCCAGAGUGGAAGAAGGAUGCUUAUGGACAAUCACUUAGCUUUGGGCAGAGAUCGAAGCUGUCCAUUCAGGAGCAGAGGCAGAGCUUGCCAAUCUACAAAUUAAAGAAGGAACUCGUUCAGGCGGUGCAUGAAAAUCAAGUCCUAGUUGUAAUUGGUGAGACUGGUUCGGGUAAGACAACUCAGGUAACUCAGUAUCUAGCAGAAGCUGGAUACACAACGAAGGGUAAAAUUGGCUGUACUCAGCCCCGUAGGGUGGCUGCAAUGUCUGUGGCUAAGAGGGUUGCUGAAGAGUUUGGUUGUCGUUUGGGUGAGGAAGUUGGAUAUGCUAUUCGAUUUGAAGAUUGUACUGGUCCAGAUACUGUCAUCAAGUACAUGACUGAUGGUAUGCUUCUUAGGGAAAUUUUGAUCGAUGAAAACCUUUCUCAGUACUCUGUUGUUAUGCUUGAUGAAGCACACGAGAGGACUAUACACACAGAUGUUCUUUUUGGAUUACUCAAGCAACUAGUAAAACGGAGACCCGACCUGCGCUUGAUUGUCACGUCUGCAACACUGGAUGCGGAGAAGUUUUCAGGGUAUUUCUUUAACUGUAAUAUAUUUACAAUUCCUGGUAGAACUUUUCCUGUUGAGAUACUCUACACCAAACAGCCAGAAAGUGAUUACCUGGAUGCAUCUCUAAUUACUGUGCUACAGAUCCACUUGACAGAACCUGAAGGAGACAUCCUUCUCUUCUUGACUGGUCAGGAGGAGAUUGAUUUUGCGUGCCAGUCUCUUUAUGAAAGGAUGAAGGGGCUAGGUAAAAAUGUUCCAGAAUUGAUUAUUCUACCGGUUUAUAGUGCACUUCCUAGUGAAAUGCAGUCAAGGAUAUUUGAACCUGCACCUCCGGGGAAGAGGAAAGUGGUAGUUGCUACCAAUAUCGCUGAGGCAUCUUUGACAAUUGAUGGAAUUUAUUAUGUUAUUGAUCCUGGGUUUGCAAAGCAGAAUGUGUAUAACCCAAAGCAAGGGCUUGAUUCGCUGGUCAUAACUCCUAUUUCACAAGCUUCAGCCAAGCAGAGAGCUGGGCGUGCUGGGCGUACGGGACCUGGGAAAUGUUAUCGUCUCUACACAGAGAGUGCAUACCGCAAUGAGAUGUCCCCUACUUCAAUUCCUGAAAUACAGAGGAUAAAUCUUGGGUUGACUACGCUUACCAUGAAAGCUAUGGGGAUAAAUGAUCUUCUGUCUUUUGAUUUCAUGGAUCCACCUUCUCCCCAAGCUCUCAUUUCUGCCAUGGAACAGCUGUACAGUCUAGGAGCUCUUGAUGAGGAGGGGCUUCUGACCAAAUUGGGCCGGAAAAUGGCAGAAUUUCCUCUUGAACCACCAUUAUCUAAGAUGCUGCUUGCCAGUGUGGACCUUGGAUGCAGUGAUGAGAUUUUGACUAUCAUUGCAAUGAUUCAAACAGGGAAUAUCUUCUACAGGCCUAGAGAGAAACAAGCACAAGCUGAUCAGAAGAGGGCCAAGUUUUUCCAGCCAGAGGGAGACCAUCUGACAUUACUUGCGGUUUAUGAGGCUUGGAAAAGUAAUAACUUUUCUGGGCCCUGGUGUUUUGAGAACUUUGUUCAGUCUAGAUCCUUGAGGAGGGCACAGGAUGUCAGAAAACAGCUACUCACCAUCAUGGACAAAUAUAAAUUGGACGUAGUGGCUGCUGGGAGAAAUUUUACAAAGAUCCGAAAGGCGAUUACUGCAGGGUUCUUUUUCCAUGCAUCUAGAAAGGACCCACAAGAGGGCUAUAGGACCCUAGUAGAGAACCAACCGGUCUAUAUACAUCCAAGCAGUGCUCUUUUCCAGAGGCAACCUGACUGGGUCAUCUACCAUGAGCUGGUGAUGACUACAAAGGAGUACAUGCGAGAGGUCACAGUUAUUGAUCCUAAAUGGCUCGUGGAACUGGCGCCUAGAUUUUUCAAAGUAGCAGAUUCUACAAAGUUGAGCAAGCGAAAACGACAAGAAAGGAUUGAGCCACUCUAUGACAGAUAUCAUGAGCCGAAUUCUUGGCGUUUGAGUAAACGCCGUGCUUGAGAUGUAUUAGCGUCAUUCAUUUUGAUUAUGAGUAUUGCUGUAAAUGCUGUUUUCCUUGUAUAAUUUUCUGAUUAUAUUUUGACAUGCUAGAGACCCUUGAAAUGAUAAUGAUCAAAAGUUUUCCCAAAUUUGAGAUGUUGGGUCAUUUGCUGGUUUUCAGUUAA